AUGGAGGUAACCACCAGGAAAAACAAAAACAGAAACAGUCAAGUGGUUGGCGUUGGGAAGCAGCUGCAGGUGGAGGCGAUGUGCUUCUGUUGUGCAGUUGGAAUUAGAAGCGCAGCUGGAAUUGAGAGGCACGGGUCCAGUCAUUCUGUGUUGCUCAUCAGAGGACUGAAGCAGGCCCACCUGGAGGUAGCUGACACUUCCUUCAUCAUCGCCGUUUUUGGAGAGUGGUCAUACCCGACUUUUCCCCAGUUUCUCCCUGCCCAUUCACUCCCCAAGCCCGGUCACACCAUGAACUCGAUUAAAAGACAAGUGGGGGCCUUGGAGAAGGUAUUUGCAGAAGAUCUAGCAGACAGAGAAUUAAAAGAAAAUGGCCUUGCGGGCUACAACUGGGGUUGCGGUCAGCGCUUUGAUCAUGAGACCAAUUCCGAUGAUGCCUGUACAUACCACCCAGGUGUUCCAGUCUUUCACGGUGCUUCAAAGGGUUGGUCUUGCUAUAAGAGAAGAACAACUGAUUUUUCUGAUUUCUUAAGCAUUGUAGGCUGUACAAAAGGUAGACAUAAUAGUGAGAAGCCACCUGAGCCAGUCAAACCUGAAGUCAAGACUACUGAGAAGAAGGAACUAUCUGAAUUGAAACCCAAAUUUCAGGAACGCAUCAUUCCAGCCCCUAAGCCAGCAGAAGCAAUAAAACGGCCAAGCCCAGAUGAACCAAUGACAAAUUCGGAAUUAAAAAUAUCUGCCUCCCUAAAACAAGCACUUGAUAAACUGUCAUCAGGGAAUGAAGAAGAUAAGAAAGAAGACAACGAAGAAAUUAAGAUUGGCACCUCAUGUAAGAAUGGAGGGUGUUCAAAGACGUAUCAGGGUCUAGAGAGUCUAGAAAAAGUCUGUGUAUAUCAUUCUGGAGAAGCUAUUUUCCAUGAGGGGAUGAAAUACUGGAGCUGUUGUAGAAGAAAAACUUCUGAUUUUAAUACAUUCUUAGCCCAAGAGGUCUGUACAACAGGGAAACACAUGUGGACUAAAAAGGAAGCUGGGACGCUGGGCGCGGUAGCUCACGCCUGUAAUCCCAGCACUUUGGGAGGAUGAGAUGGUCAGAUCACCUGAGGUCAGGAGCUCGAGCCCAGCCUGACCAACACAGAGAAACCUUGUCUC